AUGUGGUUGUCUGAAUAUCAAAAAUUCGGUGUUGCGUUCACCUUUGGAGGAUGUCUAUUCUUUUUGUUUGGUGUUUUCACUUUCUUCGAUCGUGCAUUGCUAACGUUAGGUAACAUUCUGUUCCUCCUCGGUCUUUUGUUGAUCAUCGGGCCAAAUAGAACCUUUACUUUCUUCACAAGACCUGCCAGAAAACGAGGUUCCCUCUUUUUUCUCCUCGGAGUCACAUUGAUCUUAUUUAAAUGGGCAUUCUUAGGUUUUGCAUUAGAAUUAUUGGGCAUUAUAAGUUUGUUUGGUGAUUUUUUCUCUGUUAUAGUUCAAUUUCUGCGUUCAAUGCCUCUAAUCGGGCCCUUCUUGUCACAUCCUUCUAUUGCUCCUUUAGUUGACAAGCUAGCUGGCGUUCGGGUCCUUCCAGUGUGA